UUUGUGCCGCAGUACUUUCAUAUAAACGAAUAGCCUUAAUAGAUUCUAUUUUCAAAUCAAAACUGCGUUAUUUCAACGCGCAUUACUGCAGUGACUCGAUCCAAUGACAUUUUCCCGUUUGCAAAAAAUGACAAUUGACAGUAUAAAGGACAGAUGUAUUUGAUUCAUUAAAACUUGCUUCAGUUAUGCUCAUGCAACAAUAUACAUACAACACUGUGACCUCCUCUCAACAAUGGAGAAAAUAAAGUUCAUGUUGUCAAGAUGCGUCAAAUUCAAAACUGUUUCACAAAAAGUGAGAUGUUUUCACAUUUCUUCUUUAAAAUGCAUUUGAAAGAAGGGAAUCAAGUGUGCUCUGCUUCGUAUGAUGCAAAAUGAACACAAUGAAUCCUUAUCUAGCACCUGAAAGCCUAAAUCUGGAGAAACAAUGUAAUUUGGCAGUCGGACAUGCUAAUAAUAAAGCAGUGAAACAUGAUGGAGAGGUACUAACGAUUUGUAUAAAGUGUAGAGAUCCAAGUAAUUUGUCUUCUGAAGACCUGAACAAGCAUUUACCAAAAUGUACGAGAGAAAAAACAGCUCUUGUAAGCAGCAGAUGUGACAAUGAAACACACAACAGUGAUUAUUAUAACCAGCGUUCUGUUUUUAAUUUGCACAGUUCAUUAGCCACCUCAGGAUGUAAUGAAAAUAAUGCUUCUUCAGAAGUUCGGGAAAAGAAGCAUCAAGGUGGCAGGCCUUCAAAGACAGACAGAUACCAAUGUAACAAGUGUCGCUUUUCUUCGAAAGACUUCCAACAGUUUAAUAAACAUAUAUUACAACACAAUGAGAUCACCUUUAAUUGUUCAUACUGUAAUCAUAUCUCUUACACUAAGGGGGAGUCUCAACGUCACCUGGUAGACCAUACAGGUCAGUUCCCUUUCAAAUGCAAAUUCUGUGACUAUGGAGCAGUUAGGCACGACUACAUUGUAAAGCAUACUCAAAGAGUUCAUGGACCAACAAGAAGGAAGAAAAUGCUGGAUGAUUUAAAGCUAAAGGUGAUAGAUGUAACAGCAUCAAAGUGCUCUGUGUUCAGUCCAAGAAAUGUUAAUUUUGGAAAUAAAUAUUCAACAGAAAACAAUAAAACUGAGACUGCUUGUAAGACAGUUAAUGAAUAUUCUGCUACCAGUAUACAGGAUAUCAGAAGUCAUCCAUAUGUAAAAAGUUCCACAAAUUUACUGCUUGAAAAUGAAUACGUUUGCCUAAGUGGUGUCCCCAGUCCGGUCCAGCUGGAGCUGCUUACACCUUUAAAUGAAACUCUUCAGCCUGAUAAGUCACUAACAGUAGUUGCACCUUCAGAUUUAAUUGUUCCCCCUGGCUGUUUUGCACAACUUCUAGAAAUAAAAACAGUUAAUGAAACGCAGCAGCUUGUCCUGAAAUUCAUCCCUGAAGGUAGCUUAAAAACUGACACCUUCAAGGAUGCUGGUAAAACUAGUAAUACAAAUAAGCUGCCAGAUGCAAACACAAUAUCAACUGCAAAUUUACCUCAGGAGAAUCAAUCAGAAUUCUGCAAGUCAGAACAUACUUUACAUUUAGGAAAAGUUUUGGAAAAGUAUGAUCAAAAUUCUGCCAAAUUACAAAAUGGUUCUCAUUUAUAUGACCAAAACAAACAUUCUGCUCUAUGUUACAGUGAUGAUUCAAAAGUCAUUGUCAAUGGACCAGAAACUCAUAAACCAAAGCCACCAAAGGCAGUAUUAGCAGUUGACCAACCAAGCACGCCAUUGCCAUCAAACAGGCUCCAAAACAAACAAAUGGUUUGCAUUCAUUUUGCUGCAGAACCUUUACAGGACUCUCAAACAUUGCCCUCUUCGAAAAAUACUUCUGCUCAUUUACAGCAAAGUUUACAAAAAGAGAAGAAUUCUACUGGAAAUGAAUUUAAAAUAAAAGCGUGCACUAAGGAUCAUCAUAUUGGGCUCCCCGUAAGCAAAAGUAUUGUUCUCCCUGAAGUAAACAAGAAUAUAUCAGUUCCUCAGAACAAUAAGACAGAUUUAACACUUAAACAACUUGUAAAUAAAGAUAACGAGCAAAUGUAUAAUUUAAAACAAGACCUACUAAAGGAAGAUGCCAAUGCUUUGAUUUUUCCUCGUACAAAUCAAGCAGUGUGUAUGAAAAAUGAUAAUUCCUGCCAAGAACUGAGAACGGUAAAUGUGCCUACACUUAAAGAUACAACUAAAAAAAUCACCAAAGAUAAGGCCAUUGAUGAAGCAAUGUUCAACAAAGAAACCACAGCCUGGCCUGUAAUUUCCUCUGUAUUUUCACUGUGUGGUGGGACAGAAGUAAUCCCAGAUUGCAUCCAGUGGGAUAAAAAUCUUAUAAGCUUUUGUAAAAAUAAAGGAGAAGACAGUGCUCAGAUGGUAGAAACCAAUCUUGGACAAAUUAUGUGUCAGAGUAGUGUAAUUCCAGUAAUUUCAGAACAAGAUAAUUUACAAAAUGAAAUUAACAUCAGUGUUACUCAACGUGUCACCCAGAUGUGCCCAGGAGUUAGUAAUUCAGAAGUAACUAAUACCGUUUCUCCUGAUAAUUCAUUGGGUGUUCAUUGUAAUGGCACAGAACAGAAAAUUUCUUCUAAAGCUGAAGAUAUCAGCCUUCUUUCAGAAACUUUUACAGAGCCAUUGAAAGACCCCAUUGCAUCCUCUGUGGUAAAUUCACAUACACAUAUACUAAAUGAUGUUUCAUCAGUAAAGGAAAACUUUGAAAACAAGAAGAAUGUACUACAAAUAUCUCUGGAUUUACAAAAUAGUACUGCAGGAACAUUUUCCAGUCUGAAAGGGACUAGUGAACAAGCAUCUGAAACACCUGAGCCUUUAGUGGAGAAUAUGUCAAGUUCUCAAAAUGAAGAAGUUUCGGUUGAUAUACAAAAUUUGACAAAUUCAGUUUCAGCUGAACCCACUGAGAUAAAUGCUACACAUGACAGACUUGAAUGUUGUGAGGAAUCAACUGGCAACAAGAUUCCAUCUGUUGAAAAUAUUUCUUCUGAAGGACAUCCUAACUACUCUGAUUUGAAAUUAUCCCAACAGACUAAUUUAUCUUCAUCUUUUAUGAAUGCUCUAGCAGUAGGACUCGAUGAAUGUAAAGAAAGAACAUCAAACAAUGGUAGUUCUUCAUGCAAACAUAAAGAUGUUCGGAGCUUUCAAGAUUCUCCACCUGUGUUCAUUCCACAAGGCACUGUUCUAAGAGUCCUGAACUUUAAUAAACCACUCCCUUCAAACAGUGUGUUAAAAAGCCAGGACUAUAAUGAUCAUUCCGGAGAGCGAUUAAUUCCCCGUCCAGUGCUUUUUAGUGGUGUAGAAAAGACCAACAUUCAUGCAGGGACUGGGAAAAUUACAAGUGUUUUUAAUUCUGAAUGUAGCUCAUCAAAAGAACUGUGUUUAAAAAGAAAAACACAGGCAGAAUAUGAAAACGAGCAAGAGACAGGCAUAGAAAUGAAAAAAUCCAAGGUCUCUGAAAAAGAUGAGCAAAGAGAAUCACGUUUAAUAGCAAAUGACAAAGUUGCCAAAAAUAUAUCAAAAACUCAAAUCAGUUUCCAUCUUGUUCCUGUAAGAAGUGAUCAGAACAUUACGUGUCCUGAUCACAGUCAACCAGUGGUUGUUCUAAAUCAUCCCGAGUUAGAUACUCCAGAAAUCACCAGUUUGAUGCAAACCCUCAGAAAUAAUCAAGAUAGCUCUUCGAAUGUUGCAUUACCAGAAAUUGUUCAAUACAAUCCACAACAAAAGCCAGAUACAGACGCCCAAUCAGAGACAUUGGCUGAAACUGUCGAACCUGUUAAUGAAAAUAAUUUACUCAAAAUGAAACUAAGAAAAGUUUGUUCUGAUAAUUAUCAGGUAGUAGGCAGUGAUCCAAAGUUACCUUCAAUUGUGGGUUUUAAAUGCUGGUUCUGUGCAAGGAUCUUUAACAAUCAAGAUCAAUGGAUCACACAUGGACAAAGGCAUUUAACAGAGGCUACAAGGGAUUGGAAUGCAACUUGAAAAUGAGGCUGCUUGUAAUUGUCUUACGAAAUAGAAUUUUGGGAAUUCUAUGUUGAGUUAAUAUGGUGCUGGUUAAUAUUUUGUACCAUGUAGAGUACAAACAGGGAGGAGAUCCUAAUGUGGUGUAGUGCAUUUGUGAGGCCAUAUCUGGAAUACUGUGUACUGGGUUGGUCUUCAUAUUACAAGAACCAACAGACUGUCUGAGUGAUAAGGGAAGACAUCCAUGAGGAGAAGACAUGUGUAGAGAGCACACAGGAACAUAUGAAGAGUUCAAGGACAAACAGAUACGAAUUGAAUCUACUUAUGGAUAAACAAUUUACAAAUGUAUGUGUUCACACAGAGAAGUGAAGAUACAUGAAAUUAGUUACCAAAUAGUGUAGCUGACUGUAGCACUUUAAGGUGGCUUAAAAAUCCAAUUUAUGGUAUUCUAAAGCACUGUAAUUUUUAAUGACAUUUUGCUAUAUCCAGAUAGCAUUUAGGAACACACUCUGUGACCUCUGUUAAUGGUGUCUACUGUUCAUCUGCCUCUUAAAGACACUCUGUGUAAUCAGAUAGCUCCAAUAACCUGUAGUGCUUCAGCUCUUGAUGAGGAUUUAUUUUACUUUGUGCAUCUUAAUAAACUUUGGAUUUAGUAAGUGAAAUAAUUUGCAACUCCGUGGUGCAUGUUGAGUAAAUGAAGAACAUAACACAACAUCAGAGCCCAGUAAGGAAAUUACUGUGUUUUCUGAAAUUAUCACAAUUCUGUAUAAACUUUAGGGAGUCCGUAUUUGUUUUCUUUUGGAAUUCAUUCAUUAUGAUUACAAGGUAAUCAGGUCUGCAUGUUGUAGUAUCUCAAUCAAUGUUUCCCCAGAAUUGGCAAGUAAGGGGGUUUGAUUCAGUCUCAAGAGCUUGUUACAACUGCUUUAAAUUCCUGUGCCUUAAUAGAAGGCUGUUUUAUGCACUUACAGAGCUAUCUGUUUGCCAUAUUUUAGGGUCAUGUAGGCUCCUUUGCAUGGAAAACACCUUAUUCUUCCUAAAGUGUUGAUAAGACAUAAACCUCACUGUAAUUUAAAGUACAUUUUUUGUAUUCUUCAAAGAAAACACAAUAUUCAUUCUAAAGUGUUGAUAUUUUAUGAAUAUCACUCUUGAGUAUUUUUAAACUAUAUUUCUGGUUCAUACAAGUUAGUAAAGAUGUAUUGUUCUGGCUGCAUGUAGAUGAAGAAAAUUAGUAGUCUUCAAGAAUAAGUCUGAAAUUGUGCUUAUUAUGUGUGUAACUUAUUUGUAAACAUGUAAGUACAAUUUUUGCCUUAUGUAUUCAAUUUUUAUAAUAUUAUUAAAGUCAGUCAAAUGUUAA